CCCAAGAUGCAGCCACCGGUGCCCGGGCCCCUGGCCCUGCUGGACAACACAGAAGGGUUUGCCAGAAGAAAGACCUCACUUUGGUUUGUGGGGUCGCUGCUGGUGGCGUCCGUCUGUAUCCUGACCAUCGGCCUCGCUGCCACCACCAGGACAGAGAACGUGACCGUGGGGGGCUACUACCCAGGGGUCAUUCUGGGCUUUGGAGCUUUCUUGGGGAUUAUCGGCAUCAACCUGGUGGAGAACCGGAGGCAGAUGCUGGUUGCGGCCAUCGUGUUCAUCAGCUUUGGCGUGGUGGCGGCCUUCUGUUGCGCCAUCGUGGACGGCGUGUUUGCUGCUCGGCACAUAGAGCCCAGGCCGCUGGCUGCGGGAAGAUGCCAGUUUUUCGCCAGUGAGGUGGGUUAUGUGCACGACGCCUACCAGACAGAGGUCACCUGUCACUCCUUUAACGGCCAGUGCCCGCUGAAGGUGAAAAGCAGCACCUGUUACUGCUGUGACCUCUACAAUUGUCAGAGCGCUGAACCUUCUCCCACCUACUACGAGUUCGUGGGCGUGAGCAGCUGUCAGGACGUGCUUCACCUGUACCGGCUACUCUGGGCCUCAGCGGUGCUGAACGUCCUGGGUGUGUUCCUGGGCAUCCUCACGGCAGCUGUCCUGGGGGCCUUCAAGGACAUGGUCCCUCUGUCCCAGCUGGCCUACAGCCUCUCCGCUGCACCCCAGAUCCUCUGCAACCCUGCCCAGCAGGUCCUGGCCUACACGGGCUUCUGCCCGCCAUCCGCACCCCUCCCCACCUGCUCAUCCUACCCUCUGCCUCUGCAGCGCUGUGGCCAUCUCCCAGCCUCGACUCCCAGGGACCCUCCUCUGUCUGAGGAUUUGCAGCCUCCCAACGACCCCCCUCUCUGUGCUCCAGCCCACUUCCUUCCAGGAGAGAAGCCUCCCCCCUACACUCCCUGACACACAGGGGGUAGAUUGAAAAAUAGGUUUUUGGUUAAAAAAGCAGCCGCUACAAACCCUGCUUCUGUGGCCAACCUCCUAGAGACGUCAGGGGAAUGUUCCAGAAAUCCACACCCUCUCUCCCCUCCUGGGCGAAUCCAUGGGCAGAGAGGCCAGGACCAGUGAUGGGGACGGAACCCCAGGUGACUGAGACCCCCCAGGCUGCACCUCUGCUCGGCCACCCAGCCCAGAGUGUAAGCUGGACACUAGACAGAUCCAGCGUGUCCACCUGGAGCCCCCUUGCUCUGGUCCUCUGUCAUCGCUCACUAAAAAGCUGCUUCCUCACUGUCCUCUUAAUGAGUUAGUUAUUAUUUUGCAAAGGGAAUAC